GUUCGGAUAAGGAGCAGAUUGCAGUGCUCACCUCUUCCACCCGUAAUGCCACCAAUUUGAUGGAGGGGAAGCAAACCCUAGCUGAAGUCAGCAUCAGCAUUUCUUCCACCAUUACGAUCGCUGCCAAUGGCCACGACGAUUGCUGCUGUAACGACUACGGCAACUAGGGGUGUCGUGCCGUUGCCAUGCAAGAAUGCGUCAACCGCGCCCGGUGCGGCUGUCACUCUAGGGAGGCGGGAAGGCCUCGCCGCCUGCUUCGCCGCCCUCACUCUCUCCCUCGCCAGGCCCGCCUCCGCCGCCAUCUUGGAGGCGGACGACGACGAGGAGCUCCUGGAGAGGGUGAAGAAGGACCGGAAGAAGAGGCUCGAGAGACAGGGCGUCAUCAUCUCCUCCGACAAGGAAAAAGGUUAUCUGCAAGAACUAAUCUACAAGUUGAGCAAAGUGGGCCAAGCUAUCGAGAAUAAUGAUCUUACUGCAGCAAGUUCUCUCCUGGGGCCAAGCACUAAUGCUGACUGGGUGCAAAAUGUAAAUGCAGCUUUUGCUAAGCUAAGCACCAGCCCUGAAGAGAAAAUUGAGGUGGACAAUUUCAAUUCUUCCUUGGCAUCUUUGUUUUCGUCGGUAGGUGAUCAGGACGUCGAGUAUUCCAAAUUGGCCUUUGUAUCAUUGGCAAGCGCGUUGGAGAAAUGGAUUGGAUUUUCUGGCUUAGUUGGUCAGUUGAAAGGUCUCUAAUCGAACGAAUUCACCAUAAAAUGCAAGAGAUGCUUCAUCCAACUUCCUCGAACUUGUGUUUGUCAUGCUUCUGAAGACUUUGAGUUGCACUUCAUCCUCUGAGUUCUCCACCUGACUAUUAUUCUAUUUGACGUUAUAUUUAGCCAUUGUUUGUUCUUUUGAUAAUGUCUAGUUAUAUAUUUCUCCAAUUCUGUUUAUGUUGUUCAUAUUUAAGUGUGUCGAACAUGCAUUACAGUAAUCAUUUGAUAAGUGAAUUAUUAGGCUUUCUUUC